ACAUUAUUCAUUCAACAACACUGCCCCAUAACGACUCUCUCAUUUUUCAUCACCGUCUCUUCCCUCCCGGCACUCCAGUUCUUCAUUAAAUCAUUGCUCAAAUGGCUGCCUUUUCCUUUGGUACCCAAUUUUCACCACUUCAUCGACUCAAACACCGCCCUCACCUCUCUUCGUCUCCUAAACCUCUCCCUUCAUUGCGCUAUUUGCCAAGUUUUGGUUCCCCUUUUUGUCGAAUUAGAGUCCCAAGACUGGUUGGAGAUGCAGUUCUUGCUAGAGCUGAGGAUAAGGCAAAGGCUUCUCCUCCUCCUCCUUUCCAAGAAGAAGCAGAAUCCAACAACGAAAAGCAGCUUGAGGUUCUUUAUUUAUAACUUCCUUUUUUUGUUUAUGAUACAAAUUUGAAGUGCCCAUUUGUUUCUUUUGUAAAUUUAUGUUUUUGAGGAUGUAUUUGGCUUAAAGUUUGUUUCUUUUCGAUCAUCUUGUUUACACUUAUGGUGUUCCAUUUGCUGCUUGUGCUAAUGCUAGCUUGUAAAUUGGAGAUUUUAUAAAGCAUAGGUUACUUA